AUGGAAAGUUGCAAUCCUAUUUCGACUCCAUUUGACUUGAAUCAGAAACUUAAGAAAUCAGAUACGAUUGAUGAAACAAUGAAAGAAGUUCCUUACCAGCAAGCUAUUGGAAGUCUUUUGUUUGCUGCUCAGUGUACAAGACCAGAUAUUUGCCAAGCAGUAAAUUUUUUAAGUCGUUUCAACAAUAAUCCAAAUCGUAUUCACUGGAUGGCAGUGAAACGCAUUUUUAGAUACUUAAAGGGUACACUUGAAAUGAAAUUGUAUUUUUUCGCAAGAGGAAACCAUGAGAUAGUUGCUUAUUCGGAUGCUGAUUGGGCAAACGAUGUAAAUGAGCGACGCUCUGUGACAGGAUACGUCAAUAUUUUACAAAAUGGAGCAAUAUCAUGGAAUAGUAAGCGUCAACCAACUGCAGCUUUAUCGACCAGUGAAGCUGAAUACAUGGCGAUGUCGGCUGCUACACAAGAGGUUGUAUGGUUAAGAGGGCCUGAGAAAGACCUCAACAUAAAGUUUGAUGAACUGUUACCAACAAAAGUUUUUUGUGAUAACCAAAGCGCUAUUCAUAUUGCUACAAACGAUGCUUAUCAACCAAGAACUAAGCAUAUUGACAAACGACAUCAUUUUAUUCGAGAGAAAAACAAAAUGAACGAAGUGUCUUUUUGCAGUAUUUCAACAGAUAAAAUUAUAGCAGAUUUUUUGACCAAACCUGUUUGCUUUGAUAAACACAAGUGUAAACAAAUAGGUUUGAAAAUUAUAUAA